AAGUUUUUCUUCAACAAAGAAAUGAACGCCCAAUUAAAAUCCGACUUGGAAAAUGCUCGGCAAUGUCUGCUGGACACAUAUAACUUGGCAUUGACAUUUGGUGGGCCGGACACUCAAAAUCCUGAAACCUAUUUAAAUUUAGCUGCUGAUCUGUGUGUCAUCAAUGAACAGUUCAAACGACACGAAGCCAGCCUAGAGUGUGCCAAAGAAGCGAGAACCACAAGCGAAUUUGUUGAAGAAUAUCAAAAACAACAACAAAACAAAGAAAAUAAAAAAUAUAAUGCAAAAAAUACUAGCGAAUUUAAAAACUUUCGUGAUCAAUUGAUGCAAAUAAAAAAUCUACAAGAUGAAGCUAAUGCAUCGGUCAGCGGUGCUGGUCAACAACGUGUGGAAUGUGACGAGUUUGUAAUGGAAAGUGAAAUAAAUGUAUACGAUCCGAUAACGAAACAGCGGAUGUCGAAUCCUGUUAAGAAUACCCUCUGUGGUCAUCAUUAUGAAAAAUGUCAUAUAUUGGAGGCUAUUAGCGUGAAUAAACGUUUAAGAUGUCCCGUCGCUGGUUGUGGUAAUAAACAAUUUGUCCAACAGCAACAUUUGGUGGAUGAUAAUUUGUUUAAGGUACGCUUGCAAAAAAUGGCCGAACAGGAGGAGGAGGAGGAAGAGGAGUAG